GGCUCGUGGGGUCGGAGAUCGAACUGGGCCCAAGUCCCAACUUCCCUCUCGCAACAAACCGCGCCCAUCUCCUCCGCUGCUACAUUUCUUCCUCCCCCCCGGCGAUCAUUGACAGAGAGAAAGCGGUCACAAGCGCAGACGAGCGAGAGAGGGGAGCAAGACCGAGAGUGUUACAAAAAUGAUACCGCAGCAGUGGGCGCCGCCUUGCGGAAAAGAGUGCACGAACAAGUAUGCAAUGCUGACGCAGAUUCCAUGGCGAGUAUUUUGCAAAAAGGGGUGUGAUGCUGAUGCAGAGACGUGGGAAGAAUGCUUGGAGGAGUGCAAUGAGUUAUGCUAUAAGGACCCUGUAUUAAAGGACCGCCAGUGGAGUGCCUACAUUGACCGUUCUCCUGGAGCUGCCAGCCACUCAGAGGAGUGUUUUCGUGCUUGCGUAUCUGGCUGUGGUUACAAGUUUGAUAUUCCUUCAAAGGAAGUUGAUAAAGUUCGUCCGAACAGGCCACCUAAGCCUCCCCCUGUCCCAAAGCCUAUUCGACCACCUGUUGAUCCCAAUGUGACGGCUGAAGACGUACUUAGCACUUCUGCAUAACGAGAAACCAGGCAUAGUGUUGCUGACAAAAUAUCAGAAACUAACAAAUUGGUGAGCAUUGCAGGAACAUCUUUUUUGCCACAUAAGUUCAGAUCAGUUCUACCUUAGGCUCUCUCUGUUAACUGAUGAAGUACAUCUUUUUUAUUCCUCAUUGGGUUCCUCAAUCUUCAUAUCACCUAGCAACUGGCACUCAUUCCUUUUUUAUAAGCAUACCCUGGGUAACCAAAGUGCAGUUUGGGUCCCUGUUCAAUAUUGAUGGAGACAGAGAAGUAACUGAUAGAUUUUGUACCAAGUUUCAUGUUAGGAAUAUUUGGUCAAUCAUGCUUCAUCCAGGUAGAAAUUUUGGCAUAUCUAUUUUUUCAGAAAUAACCACCUGUAUUAUGAUAGACUUUGGACUAGCCCCAUCCUAUAUAAAUUCCGUCCAACCUAGUUUAAUGAGAUUGUGUUUUUAUAUUUA